AGUUGCAUGUUGCAACAUCUCCUUGAUCCCAACAAGUUUUAAUUUGCUUAUUUAUUUUAUUUUAUUUAUUUUAAUUGUUUUUUUUUAUUUUUGACAAUUCUAAUUAUUCUUAGUCUUAUAUCUACUUUUAAGAGUGUUUAUUGUGUACAAUUAGCUACCCAAAAGCAUUGACUUUGAAGUGUAAGGUAACCAUUAAUUUUCAGUAUUGAAUGUGCAACCGUAACCACACCUAAGUGUCUCUUGUCUUUGUUAUUGCCAUUGUUGUCAUCAAUAAGAAGUUACCAACCAGUACUUGAUUUAGUUAUUAACUCAAGGAUUAAAGAAAAUGACAAAAGGCAAUAGAGUUGGUGUUGAUCAAGAUCACGAUCAAGUUACUGUAAGCUUAGAAAUGGAUCGGAUCUGGAAACCAGUAUUUGACAAAUAUGAUUCUGACGGUGCUGGAAGAAUACCUGUCGAUGUAUUUAGACGCCGAAUCAUGGAGGCAAAUGAAAGACUUGAAGAAGACAUUCCUCGUGAAAUUCUUGAUGAAAUUAUAGAGCGCGUAGAAUGGGAUCAUGAUGGUUGCAUUUCUUAUAAUGAAUUCAUUUCAAUGGUCAAAUCAAGAGAAAUGGGUGCUCACAGACCUCGUCUUCAUCGCUUAAUUCGUUAUGCUGCUAUAGCAGUUGUGCCUAAAUCUCAACGACAAUCGGUGAUUAGACGUUACAUCGAGGAGUACAAUUGUUCACCACCACCGUUGUUCCUAAUGUUAGCUUCAAUCGUCGAGAUUGCAGUUUUUAUAUAUUAUUGUGUUGCAAUGAAUACUUUCUCAGCCACUGGUCCAGUGCCUUUUGAUAGUCUACUUAUUUAUGAUCCAUACCGUCGCUAUCAAGUCUGGAGAUAUUUUACUUAUGCUCUCAUUCAUGCUGGUUUCUUUCAUCUUUUCUUUAAUUUACUUGUUCAACUUCUACUCGGUAUACCGUUAGAAAUGGUCCAUAAAUGGUGGAGAGUCGGCCUAGUCUACUUAAGCGGUGUUUUAGCGGGCUCGUUGGGCAGUUCCCUGUCGGACCCCAAAUCAUAUCUUGCCGGAGCGUCAGGUGGGGUUUAUGCAUUGAUAGCGGCACAGUUGGCGAACGUUGUCAUAAAUUUCCAUGAAAUGGAAUUUGGAGCGAUUCGUGCUAUCGGUUUGGUCAUGUUUGGUACAAUUGAUGUAGGUGUAGCUAUCUAUAAUCGUUACAGUCAAGUCGGAAGAAAUCGUACAAGCUAUUCAGCCCAUUUAAUGGGAGCCUUAGCCGGAUUCCUUGUUGGUGUCCUUGCCUUACGAAAUCUCAAAGUAAAACGAUGGGAGAAACGAUUAGGCUUAAUUGCAUUGAUUGUUUACGUCGUUUUAAUGGGAUUUUGCAUAACCUUCAACUUUGCCUACAGUGAUUACUUUCCUAAACCUCGUCACUCGAAUGGCUAUUUCCAAUAAUAGUAGACAUGUUUCCAUGAAACAUCAAUCAUUUUAAGGAAUAAGAGGUUGCUCAAUUUAAUACCAAAUUAUCAUCUAAAUUUUUCUCCUCUUCAUCGUUUUAUCCCAUUUUAUAAUCUAGUUACAUAUCACAGUUCACUUUGAAUAUUAUUUUUAAAUUGUUUACCAAUCUACAGAUCACUGCAUUCAAAUCAUGUUCAAUGCGCAUUACAAUCAAAUCAACAAAAUAAAAUUGCUUAUUUACUUUUCGCACAA